AGGACUCCUUCCCUAACAUCCUCAAUGCCCAGCUACAACCAACCUGGCCGCGGCACGCAGCAGGCGCCCAAGAAACACUAGUCAGAGAGGAAAGCACUAGCUUUCGUUCUGCCCCCGUCCCACCCCAGGGGCGGGACUGUAGAGUCGCCUGAAAGGGAAGUUGUUCAGUCAACUCGGAAUAGCGGUAGCAACCCGGAAAGUGGAAUCAUCAUCUUGGUCUAGAGACUGACGCCUGUGCAUGCAGACCCGUUCCCCUCUCUACCAAAGACCGCAGCCCCGGAAGUCACUCCAUCUCCUGCAGCUCGCUAUUUCCAGCGGCCCCCUCGUACCUUCCAGCCUGAUGUCUCACGUCAAGUUAUGGUUGAACGGUGCUUCCGCCUCCUUGGUGUUAGACAAGUAAUUGGAGAACCACAAGCUCGUCGGCUCAGGCGGGUUCGGCAACGUGUUCCGGGCGCAUCAUAGGAAGUGGGGCUGCGAUGUGGCUGUCAAGAUCGUGAACUCGUGAGUGUCCGGCCAAGGUCUGGGCAAAAAGGUGGAGCCGCUGUGCUCUGCGACCUGAAUGGGGAAGGGAGGGAUUCUCCCAGGACCCCGGUGCGACUCCAGCUCUCUACUGGAGUGUAGGAAGGCGAUAUCCAGGGAGGUCAAGGCCAUGGCAAGUCUGAAUAACGAAUUCGUGCUGUGCCUAAAAGGGGUCAUCGAGGAGGUGGGGUGGGACGACGAUUUCAGGCCGGCACUGGUGACUGAAUUCAUGGAGAACGGCUCCCUGUCGGGGCUGCUGAAGCCCCAGUGCCCUCGGCCCUGGCCACUCCUCUGCCGCCUGCUGAAAGAAGUGGUGCUCGGGAUGUGUUACCUGCAUGAGCAGAACCCGGCGCUCCUGCACCAGGACCUCAAGCCAUCCAACAUCCUGCUGGACCCGGAGCUGCACGUCAAGCUGGCAGAUUUUGGCCUGUCCACAUUUCAGGGAAGCUCACCGUCAGGGACAGGGUCUAGGGAGCCAGGGGGCACCCUGGGCUACUUGGCCCCAGAACUGUUUGUUAAUGUAAACCAGAAGGCCUCCCCAGCCAGUGAUGUCUACAGCUUCGGGAUCCUAAUGUGGGCAGUGCUUGCUGGAAGAGAAGCUGAGUUGCCGACCGAAGCAUCACUGGUGUAUGGAGCAGUGUGCAAGAGGGAGGCCCAGCCCUCACUAAAUGAACUGUCCCAAGCUGGGCCUGAGACUCCUGGCUUGGAAGGACUGAAGGAUUUAAUGCAGCUCUGCUGUAGCAAUGAGCCCAAGGACAGACCCUCCUUCCAGGAAUGCCUACCAAAAACCGAUGAAGGCUUCGAGCUGGUGAAGAACAAUAUGAAUGCUGCUGUCUCCACAGUAAAGAAUUUCCUGUCUGAGCUCAGGAGCAGCAAUAGGUCAGGCCAAGGAAAGACAGAAAUGGAUGGCUUUGGGAGAAACACAGGAAGGCAGCACUGUUAUGAUGAUUUCAUGGAUUCUGACCUGCUAAAUAAACUGAAUCUAGAGGAUUCUUCCAGCUGUGUUCCUGAAAAAUACCCAAGUCUUACCAAGAAGAGCAGGGCACAAGAGGAGCAGGUUCCACAAGCCAGGACAGCAGGGACAUCUUCAGAUUCAAUGGCUCAACCUCCCCAGACUCCAGAGACCUCAACUUUCAGAAACCAGACACCCAGCCCCACCUCAACUGGAACACCAGGUCCUAGACCCCAAAGGAAUCAGGUGAGACAUUGGCAGGAUUAGGGGAUGCACUAGAACUCCUAUAAAUCCUUUCCCCUUGCCAGGGAAAACUUGGAGCUGAGAGGAGUGCAGAGGGAACACCAGACUCUGGGACAGAACUGAAUGCUCUGUGCUGUUUGCAGGGGGCUAAGAGACAUGGCAUGAACUGGUCCUCCAGGAACCUGGAACCAAAUCCAGUAACAGAUACCCACUCUCUACCCCUUUUUUUCCCUGUUCAAUUAUUCCACCAGACUCUUCCUCCAGACCUAUAACUAGAUUCAGGGUAACUUGUGGAGGGGAGGAGAGAAGACGAUCUAACUCAACCUUCUCAUUUCAUAAAUGGGAAAACUGACAGCCCCUGAGAAAGGAGCACUCUGAGGUCUCACAAUAAAGCUUGGAUUUGUCCCUGA